AUGCCUUUGAGGCUUAAUUUCAAGAGAACGCAUAGAUAUAAUGUUUCAGCCAAAGAUCUAUAUGUUAUUCCCAUCUACACUUUAGACGCAUCAUGUGUAGAAUAUACAGUUUCGUCUACUACGACAGGACGAGAUGCUCUGGAAUAUGUGGCCCAACGUCUUGAUAUAGAAGAUACAUGCUUGUUUGGGUUUCGAUAUGAAGCUUGGACGGAUGAUCAACGGUGGUUGUUUCUUAACAAGCCUGUCAAGAAACAGCUUGAUAAAUAUGCUCGACAGCACGCCCUUGUAUUAAACAUCAUGCUUUUCAUUGACAAUCCGCAGUAUCUUCCUGAUUCAAAUUUGAGGCGUCAAUUUUAUUUGCAACUGAGACAAGCUGUUUUAACAAAACAGCUGAAAAUUGCAUCAAAACAGGCUAUAAAACUUAUGGCUUAUAGUCUUCAAGCCGAAUAUGGCGAUUUUGUGGAUUUUGAAACGACCGCUCAUAUGUGGCGAGAAAGGCCAAUGGUGCCAUCUUCUGUGACAGGAGGGAGUAUUGAACUUGGAAGCCUUGAACAUAUUGACGAUAUAAUCUGGGGAUAUUGCCAACUUCGAGGUGUUAGCCAUGAUAACGCCAUUUGGUACUAUCUCGAUGAAAUUCGCCGGCUUUCCAGUUAUGGUGUUCAACUGUUCUACGGAUCGGUAAGUAGUUAA